AUGUCUUCUUCCUACUCGCUUGAUAAGAUUAACCCCAAAUUGUUGCGGAGAAUAUACAGGGCAUGCAGACCAACCAAUGACGAGCCGAACCUAGCACUUAAUUUAGAGAUUUGUGACUAUGUCAAUGCCAAGAAGGGAUCUGCUCCAAGAGACGCAGCUAUAGCAGUUGUUAAAUUGAUUAGUCAAAAAGAUCCACAAACUUCAGAAUUGGCCAUUGCGUUGUUGGACAAUUUGGUAAAAAACUGUGGGUACCCCUUCCACUUGCAAAUAUCAAGAAAGGAGUUUUUGAACGAGUUGGUAAAAAGGUUCCCUGAAAGACCAACAAUGAGGUAUACUCGCGUGCAAAGGUUGAUAUUGGCACAGAUUGAGGAAUGGUACCAAACGAUUUGUCGUACUUCCAAAUACAAGGAGGAUUUUGGUUAUAUCAAGGAUAUGCAUAGACUUUUAUCCAAUAAAGGUUAUGUGUUUCCCGAGGUCAAAGUUGAAGAUAUUGCAGUGUUGAACCCAGGCGACAAUUUGAAAUCUUUGGAUGAUAUACAACAGGAGGAAGCAGUUGUAAACUCUGCCAAAUUACAAGAAUUGAUUAGAAGAGGAAGACCGCAAGAUUUGCAAGAAGCUAAUAAGUUGAUGAAGAUUAUGGCAGGAUUCAAAGACGAUAACAUAAGGGAAAGUAAGAAGCAAUUGCAGGAUGAUAUUGUUAGAUUAACCAGGAAAGUGGAGAUUUUGGGGGAAAUGUUGAACUCGAUUGAAAGUGCAGGUGCUAAGAUUAACGACGAUUCUGACGAAGCUCUUGUUGAGUUAUACAGCUCAAUCAAGAGCUCUCAACCAAUUAUCCAUAAAAUCAUUGAGCAAGAAAAGCAUGAGGAAGGAGGAGAAGGAGAAGGAGAAGGAGGAAGAGGAAGAGGAAGAGGAAGAGGAGGAGAAGAUGAUGAUGAAAGAAUACGUGAUCUUUUCACUUUAAACGACAACGUGAAUAGCGUGAUUACAAAAUUCCAAUUAUUGAAAAACGGUAAAUUUGAAGAGGCAAGUGGCAUUACAUUCAAGUCGACAGCUCUGCAAGGCCCUGAUUUGAACUUGAUUGAUUUCGGAGAUGAACCAGAAGACACCAACGCCAGUAAGGAACAAGGCUACAACGAUUUGUUGAGUGAUUUGUCAGAAUUGACAUUUGGUGGUAAUGAUAACAAUGGCGUAAGUUCAAAUGGCGGUUCAAAGAUUAAUCCGCUAAACUUGUACGGGGCAGGUGGGUCAAUUGUAUUGAGCGGUGGCAGCGGCGGUAAAAGCGGCUCAACUCAAUUACAUCAAUCUGCUCCCACAACUAAAGUAAACAAUUCUUCUUCAUCAAACUUAGACUUGUUAGCCGAUUUGCACUCACCUUCUCCGCAAUUACAAUCCAAUUUGCCCACUUCAAGUAAACCAUCCAGCGGUUUAGAUCCAUUUGGAUUUGAUUUUCCAAGUUCGACUCCACCUCAAAUGCAAAAACAAGCAGCUACAUCCCAAGCCCAAGGCUACACUAGGAUACUUAAUUUGAAUCAGUCAUCAACACUUAAAAUCGAAAUAGGCGUACAUCAAGCAUCUAAUGUGUUAUUCAAAGGUCGCAUUCUUUUUUCCAACACUCAAAAUCAGACAAUUUCUCAUUUGAAGUUUAUGAUUGCUGUCCCAAAAGGAUGCAAGUUGGAAUUGCGACCACAAACCAGUGAUACAAUAUAUGCAUUUAAUAAUCAUGGUGUUUCUCAAGAUUUCACAAUUGAAAACCCACAACUGAAACAAUUAAAAGUUAAAUGGAAGGUUGAUUAUCAAGUUGGGAAUGAAACGAAAGAGGAGAAUGGUAUCAAUGUGAUAGUCUAA